GUUUAGCUGUUGUUGACUCUUGGGGGGGGGGGCAUUAAUUCCAUUUACUGAGGCUUACAGCGUACUAGGCGCUUUGUAUUUCUUUGUGACCAUUUAGUUUCUGCAGUGACCCCACAAAAUACGUAAUUAGGUUUAGAGUUCAAGCUACCGAAAGUAAGGUAAACAGCAAAAAGUAAGUUUCCCUGCCACGUUUCCACAGUGUACCCACUGUUGUUUCUUCUGUGUUUUUUCCGGCGCAUUUUAUACAUGUAUAUUGUUCAAUGUGCGUAUCUUUUAAAAACAUAUUUGGGAGCGACUCGUCCUGCAUCUUUGUUCUACUCAUAUUAACAUCCACAUUGAUACGAAAAGGUCAGCCGGGCUCGUUCAUCUUCAGUGUGGCGUGGUCCCCCGGGAAUUGUCCCCAUUACCCACCCAGGCAAGGGCACGCUGGGGCUUAGUUCUGGGACUCGCCCGGGCUCAGGGCGACCAGGUUUGCGAGCUUGGCUCCUCCGUGGCGGUCGGGGCUGGCGGCUGGGCCCCGCGGGCGGCAGGAAGUGCCGCGCGCUGACUCGCCGGCGACACCCCCGCGGCUACUAAACGCGGGACAGAGGCACAACACGCGCUUCGCAGCCGAGUCUCCUCUCCACUGGGUGAGGGCGGCAGGUGGCGGCGCGAUGGACUUGGCCGGGCUCCUGCUGGACGAAGAAGGCACCUUCUCCCUCACGGGCUUCCAGGACUUCUCGUUCCUCCCUGGACACCAGAAGCUCAGCGCUCGGAUCCGAAGGAGACUCUACUAUGGCUGGGACUGGGAAGCUGACUGCAGCUUGGAGGAACUCUCCAGCCCCGUGGCAGACAUUGCUGUGGAACUGCUCCAGAAGGCAGCCCCCAGCCCUAUUCGCCGGCUCCAGAAGAAAUACGUAGCUCAUGUGUCCCGGGAGGCGUGCAUCUCCCCGUGUGCUAUGAUGCUUGCUCUGGUGUACAUUGAACGGCUCCGCCAUCGAAACCCAGACUACCUACAGCACGUGUCGUCCUCUGACUUGUUCCUGAUCUCCAUGAUGGUGGCCAGUAAGUACCUCUAUGAUGAAGGGGAGGAGGAGGAGGUCUUCAAUGAUGAAUGGGGAGCUGCAGGGGGUGUGGCCGUGCCCACUCUCAAUGCCCUGGAGAGGGGCUUCCUGAAUGCCAUGGAUUGGCGUCUUUACACUGACCCUCGGGAGAUCUUUGAGGUGCUGAGCUGGCUGGAGAGCUGUGUGGCUGAGCAGCAGGGACGGCGGCGGGGCUGGUACACCUACACAGACCUGUGUGUGCUGCUGGAGCAGCCGGCCUGGCAGUUGGCCCUGGGCUCCCUCUGCCAGCGGCUGGCAAAGCUGUCUUGCCUGUUAGCUAUGGCAUAUGUGAGCAGUGUGGCCUUGGCUGUGGCGUCACUGGCUGUAAUUCACCAGUCCUUGGGGCUGCCCUGCAGCCCCUCGCCCGGCCCCCCGGACCUUGGACUGGCCUCCAGGGCAGCCAAGACAAGAAGAAAGGCAGUCAGCAUGAGCCGAUCACACCCCCAUCCCAUCCAACUCCAGUCUACGGGCCCCCAGGAUGCCCUGACCACACUGCCGCCACCACCACUCCCACCGCAGCCUGCUGUCCAAAAUCCCUCCUCUCACCCUUGGGCCUCUCAGUGUGGGCCUCCUCCCUGGGGCCUCAGCUGUCUUCUGGCUCUGCAGCAUAUCUUGGUGCUGGCUUCUCUGCUCUGUGUCUCCCACUUGCUCCUGCUUCAAAAUCUCCCCCAAGGAGAGCUCUCAUAUUCCCCUGCCCAACUGCUGGCCUCCAGCCUCUUUUCGUGUGGUGUGUCUACCACCCUGCAAAUUUGGAUAGGCAGCAGGCUGCCUCUUGUCCAGGCUCCGUCCUUAGAGUUCCUUGUCCCUGCUCUGGUGCUGACCAGCCAGAAGCUACCUCUGGCCAUCCGGACACCUGGAAACUCCUCCCUUGUGCUGCGCCUGUGUGGGGGGCCUGGCUGCCAUGGCCUGGCGCCCCGGAACACUUCUCUCCGAGAGGUGUCCGGGGCUGUGGUGGUAUCCGGGGUGCUGCAGGGCACGCUGGGGCUGUUGGGGAGUCCCGGCCGUUUGUUCUCCCACUGUGGGCCCCUGGUGCUGGCCCCCAGCCUGGUGGUGGCAGGGUUCUCUGCCCACAGGGAGGUGUCCCUUUUCUGCUCUACUCACUGGGGCCUGGCCUUGCUGCUUAUCCUGGUCAUGGUGAUCUGUUCUCAGCACCUGGGCUCCUGCCAGUUACCUCGGUGCCCCUGGAGGCCAGCUUCAGCCUCCUCGCCUCACACUCACAUUCCUGUCUUCCGGCUCCUCUCGGCUGGCUUGGAAGGUUCCGGUCUCAAUCUCGCCCCUCAGGUGCUGAUACCAGUGGCCUGUGUGUGGAUCAUCUCUGCCCUUCUGGGGCUGAGCGUCAUCCCCCCGGAGCUGUCUGCCUCACCCAAGGCACCAUGGGUUUGGCUGCCUCACCCAGGUGAGUGGGACUGGCCCUUGCUGACACCCAGGGCUGUGGCUGCAGGCAUCUCCAUGGCUUUGGCAGCCUCCACCAGCUCCCUGGGCUGCUAUGCCCUGUGUGGCCGGCUCCUGCAAUUGCCUUCCCCACCUCCACAUGCCUGCAAUCGAGGGCUGAGCCUGGAGGGUCUGGGCAGUGUGCUGGCCGGGCUGUUGGGGAGCCCUCUGGGCACUGCAUCCAGCUUCCCCAACGUGGGCACAGUGAGUCUUAUCCAGGCUGGAUCUCGGCGAGUGGCCCAUCUGGUGGGACUGCUCUGCGUGGGGCUUGGGCUCUCCCCGAGGCUGGCCCAGCUCCUCACCACCAUCCCACUGCCUGUACUUGGUGGGGUGCUUGGGGUGACCCAGGCCGUGGUUCUGUCUACUGGAUUCUCCAGCUUCCACCUGGCUGACAUUGACUCUGGGCGGAACGUCUUCAUUGUUGGCUUCUCCGUCUUCAUGGCCCUGCUGCUUCCGAGAUGGCUUCAGGAAGCCCCUGUGCUGAGCACAGGCUGGAGCCCCUUGGAUGUAUUACUGCGCUCGCUGCUCACAGAGCCCAUCUUCCUGGCAGGACUCUUGGGUUUCCUCUUAGAGAACACCAUUCCUGGCACAAGGCUUGAGCGAGGCCUAGGUCAAGGGCUGCCAUCUCCUUUCUCUACCCAAGAGGCUCGGGUGCCUCAGAAAUCCAGGGAGAAGGCUGCUAAAGAGUACCAACUUCCUUUCCCCACCCCAAAUUGGUCUCCCUGUAUCCCCCAGCCCCUCCGUUGCCUCUGCCCUCUGCCUGAAGACCCUAGGAAUGAGGAAGGAGGGGCCUGUGAGCCAGGAGAGACAGCAGACUUGUUGCUUGGCUUUGGGGAGCAGUGUCCUGAGUCUAGCAGAGAACUCAGGUCCCAGUGAUUACCAGGACUCCUACCCCUGUCCUGGUUAGUUUAGCCCUAUCUCCCAGCUUGCUGUGUGAGUCAGCUCCCAGGCUCUAAUUUCUCCUAGGAAGAAGGUGUGUGUGUGUGUGUGUGUGUGUGAGAAAUGGACCCACCUAAAGGUCUCACUUCCCAAUAGGUGUGUUGCCUUUCCUUCUCUUAAUUAGGCCUAACUGUUCUGGGCAGGGGCCAUGGUUUAGUGGACCAUGAAUGAAUGAAUGAGAUUUUGUAUGUGAACUAUCUCUAGUCGAACCCCAGCAUUCACUUAACAAAUAUUUAUUGAGGGCCUCCCAUGUGCAAGGUCUUGGAACUACAGAUAUGGAGAACACAGGGUCCCUGCCUUCUUAAGGCACCUACCAUUUAAAAAGCCUUAUGUAGGGGCACCUGGGUGGCUCAGUCGGGUAAGUGUCCAACUCUUGACUUUGGCUCAGGCACCGUGUAGGGCUCCGUGCUGAGCGUGGAGCCUGCUUGGGAUUCUCUCUCUGCCUCUGCCC